AUGGGUUCGCCUAAAGUAUUUGUAGGCGCACUGACAAAGCCCAGAACUGGAGCUACAGGAUACAUCGGGGGAGACGCUUUCUUCCAAAUCAAUCAGGCUCAUCCAGAAUGGGAGUUCACCGCCCUCGUUCGCAAUAAGCAAAAAGGGGAAUUGGUCACUAGCAAAUACCCAAACACUAAGCUCGUUUAUGGGGACUUGGACACUGCUGAGAUUCUCGAGGAAGAGGCAAAGAAGGCAGAUAUAGUCUAUCACUUUGCGGACUGCGAUCAUGUUGCCUCCUCGCAGGCAAUCGCGAAGGGCAUAGCUGCUCAUACACCUGAUCGUCCAGGCUACUGGAUCCACACUUCAGGAACUGGCAUCCUCACCUUCGAAGAUUUAGGAAAUUCGACCUUUGGCGAUCUCCGCACAAAGGAAUACAACGACUGGGAUGGCAUUGGCGAAGUGACAUCCCUUCCAGAUGAAGCAUUCCAUCGAGACGUUGACAAGAUCGUGCUUGGAGUUGGAGAGAAUGCUGCUGAUAGAGUCAAGACGGCAAUCGUCUGCCCUCCUACAAUCUAUGGACCGGGGCGGGGCCCAGGCAAUACUCGAAGCAACCAGAUAUAUAACCUGACCAAAUAUGUACUGAAAAGAAGGAAGGGGCUCCAGGUGGGCAAGGGUGAGAAUAUCUGGCAUGAAGUCCACGUUCACGACCUGAGCGAUCUGUUCCUCCUUCUUGGCGAGGCCGCUGCUGCUGGAAGUGGGAAGGCAACAUGGGGGAAAGAAGGGUAUUAUUUUGUCGAAAACGGAUCGUUUGUUUGGGGUGAUGUGGAGAAAGCAAUGGCCCAGAUUGCCUUUGAGAAGGGCCUGAUUCCAACUCCGGAGGUUGAUAUCCUGGAUGGCAAACAGGCUAAAGAACUGUUUUCCUCUGGUCCAUUUUCAUGGGGAACCAAUUCAAGGGCUCAUGCCAUUCGUGCAAGGAAAUUGCUUGGCUGGAAUCCGCACCGCCCGGCUGCUCGUGAAUUACUGCCAGAGAUUGUUGACCUUGAGGCAAAGGCUCUGAAUCUUGAGCGCAGUAAAUAG